ACAACCAAAACAAUCAAACACGAAGCCCUUACAUCACGGGAAGAUUGGAACGAGCUGAGCCCGCGGUACAUAUAGCUUUUGUGUUAUCUAAAAAGGACAAAAUGGCGGAAAGAGAAGCGCUUGCGGACGACGAUGUUACCUUACCACGGGCUGCAGUUAACAAGAUGAUCAAGGAGAUGAUUCCAAACAUGAGGGUUUCUAAUGAUGCUAGAGAACUCAUUCUUAACUGUUGCACAGAAUUCAUACAUCUCAUAUCAUCAGAAGCAAAUGAUGUUUGCAAUCGACAGAUGAAGAAAACCAUUUCUCCUGAUCAUAUUCUGCUAGCUCUAGAGGGUCUUGGCUUUCAGCAUUAUAUAGAAGAUGUGAAGUCUGUCUUGGCCGAAUGCAAAACACAAGCAGCGAAUAAAAGACGAGCAAGUACAAAGUUGGAACACCUUGGCAUUCCUGAAGAAGAGUUACUGCGUCAACAGCAAGAGUUAUUUCAACAAGCAAGACUACAACAGGCCCAGGCUGAGCAAGAAGAAUAUCAACAGUUACAACAAGCUCAAGCUUUGGCAUUACAACAACAACAGCAAUCUGGUCAACUACAACCACCUACUGCUACUGCAACAGGGCAACCUUCUAGGAUAAACCAGCCUACCCAGCCUUACGCAGGGCCCUAAGAGUUUUACAUCUAUUGAUAGUGAAAUGGGUUGAAAUCUUAUGUUAAAAGCAUCAGUAUUGCCUGGGAUGCACUUAUAGGCAGUGGAUGACUGGAGCAUUUCUUUACGCAAUGUAAAAAAAAAAACCUUUUUUAUCUUAUCUUUUUCAGAGUGCCCUCUGGUUUCAAACUAGUUUUAAGUUAAAGGUUUUAAAAUGUCAUCUUGGGGAAGAGACUCUAUAUACAUUUGAAAACAUUCAUUAGUAUAGUACUGUAGGUAGUUCUGUGAGAAUUUGGUUGUGAUCACAUGGACUGCAAUACCUUCAUCCUUCCAAAUAGUGGCUUCAAAUAGCCCUACGAAUUUUUUUGGGGAGAGUCAACUUUCCCCCUUCAACCUCCAUGUAUCUUUAUAUACUUCCAGAAGUCAUGUCAUUUUCUCAUAUUUUGUUGUAUUUUUAUCACAAGAAACACAAACAGCAAGUUAUUCUUGGUUGAUCUUUCCUUGCUUAGCAGUCUCCACUAAAAGGCACAGCUCUAAGUGAAAAUCUCUAAUUACAGUCAGCUCUUCAAA